UUUGAAAUAACAGUAGCAAACGUGGAUAACGUUGGUUAUUUGGCAGACGGAGGUAGCUAGAUGGAUCGACGGAUUAACUAUCCAAGAUAGGGCGAGUAAUAUAAAACGUUAUUAGACUGCAUGAAAUGCAGAUGACCAGUGGCUAGAGUGGGCGGGCGGCAGCGCGAUGGACGAGUUGGUGCAUGACCUGGCGUCGGCGCUGGAGCAGACCUCGGAGCAGAACAAGCUGGAGGAGCUGUGGGAGGAGAUGGUGCUGAGCCCGCUGCAGCAGCGCCGGCAGAUCCGCCGCAGGCGGGGACGCAAGCGCCGCUGCGACUCCUCCCUCCACCCGCUGGAGCACGGGCGCUGCCUGAGCGAGGCGUCCGAGUCCAGCCUGGACGAGGCGGCCAAGGACUGCCGCGAGAACGCCGCCGCCGCCGCCAACUUCAGCGACUCGGACGACAUGAUGGUGGCCAAGCGCCGGCCCUCCUUCACCUCCGGCACCGCCUCCCUCAAGACCAAGCAGCACUCGUGGCCCGAGUCGGACUCCUUCACCGAGAACACGCCGGGGCGGCCGCUCCGCCGGCGCCGCAAGGUCAAGCGCAUGACCUCGGACGUGAUGGUCAGCCUGCAGCAGAAGCUCAAGGUGUCCGAGCUGGACGGCGAGCGCGUGGGCAAGUCGGCCAAGAAGCAGCGGCUGUCCAAGCUGAAGAAGGGGGCGGGGCCCUGGGCGGGCGCCGGCCGCGACGCGGGGGCCGGCGGCGCGGGGCUCAUGUCCGAGGAGUGCUGGAAGGACAAGAUCAUGUUCGAAGCCAAGGACCAGAGAGAGGCCUCGGAUGAGAACAUGUCCGAAUGUGAAACCAGCAGUGUAUGUAGCAGUGAUCCCGGGCUUUUCACAAACGACGAGGGGAGGCAAGGCGACGACGAGCAGAGCGACUGGUUCUUCGAGGGCGAGUGCGGCCCGGGCAUGGGGGUCCCCGGCCUGCUCUCGGGCUGGGACGCCGACGCUCAGCCCGAGCUGGAGGUGCUGGAGUCGGGCCUGGACAAGCUCUCCUCCCCCACCUUCCUGCAGCCGGCCCGGCCCUCCCAGAGAGGGUACCACGCCCGUCUGAACCGCCUGCCCGGAGUGGCCGCCCGCUGCAUCAGGAAGGGCAGGAGGAGGCUACCUGGCAAGGACAGUAGCAUGGCGUCCAUGUCUGUGGAGAGGAUGAAGCAUUUCUCCCAGGACCCCUACCAGAAAGAUUUUUGGCUGCCAUCAAUCGGGAAACGAGACUGGCAUCAGUUCAACCCCCUGUCUCCUCUCUACCCGAUGGACAUGGUGUGCGACAGCUCCCAUCGAAGGUGCUCGUCCUCCAUCUGCAAAAACAGACAGACGAGCGUUCAUCUGGGAUUGCUGUGCACAGGUGACAUUAAGAGGAGGAGGAAGACCACGGCUGUUCCCAGCACAGCAGGAGCCUGCAUCCCCUUCCAGGAGGACAGUCUGAGCGAGGCGGCGGAAGGUUCCAGAAACGAGAGCCGGCCCCUGGGCAUGGAGUCCACCGGAGGAGGCCACAUGGCUUCGGAGAAGCAGGACUUCAUCAAACCCGGGACAUUCUUCAGCAUGCAGAGGGAGCAAGAGGAGGACUGAGGGGCCAGGGGGAGAGGCGGGCACUCCCCCAUGGCUCCUUCCCUAAACUGGGGGGGUGGGGGGGGGGGUGCUAUGCUGGGUGUGUUCAGAGAGAGAUCUAAAUUACAUCUGAUAACGGCAAGUUGUUAAACUGAUUUUAAGCGGGGGAAAAAAGAAGCGUUCGCAGGGACUCAGAUUGCUGCUCCUCUGCACCGUGCUGAAAGGAGCCCUCACGCGCGGCACUUAAAGGAUGAAAAAAAUGUUAAUGCAAUCAAGCCUGUUAAUCACUUCUCUCUCAGUCAUUUCCACGAGCGGCGAGGAGGUUUCAAGGGCCACUAACGAAGUAACCUCGACGCGGCCGCGCCACCCGGGACCCGCGGGGGCCGCCGCGCCGGGCUCCGAGCCGCCCCGCCCCCCCGCCCGCCCAAACAAUUAUGCCCCGUUCGAGUUGUUAUGCAUUUGCCUGCAGGGACGCUAAAACGAUGGGGGGGGGGAGGGUGUUUUAAAGACCCCCGCGUCAAACCAACAGGUACCGCGGCGCGCUAACAGACAGAUACGAGGGCGUCAGAAAGCCGCGGUACCUCCCGCUGGUCGGGUUCAGAGACGCACCUUUCCGAAAGCCAGCCCCACAAAGAACAGGCCUCCUAUUAGCAUGGAUUUGAAAAUGUGCGCACACCACAAAGGCUCUCAUUUGCACAACAGAGGGAGUCUGUGUUUUGGUCCCUCCCGGGGGUAGUCCUUUUUCCUGUGCGCACCUUCUAUAUUCAAAUUUCCCCCCACAUUAAAGUUGGCGACAGCCAAGCCUCAAAAAUGAAUUUCCAACAUUAAAGCGGUGAGUAAUGUUUGUUGAUGUGUGUGGGUCUGAGCCGAGGAACGCUUCUCCUCACCUCCCAGCCUCAUUUGUACUUUGUUUUGGCGCAUGUUACAUAAAUGACAAGAGAGCAGCUCAAUUUAGCAUGUAAUGUCAUUUCUCGUUGUCUGUGCCUAUUCGAGGGAAAGCAAGUCCCUCUGUUUCAACAUGGUAGCGUGAGUUACUUCUGUGCAUUUGGAGUCAUGUAGAAGCAACGAAUAGUUCCGCAAAACUAAAACUCUUCAGUAUUCGUGACAAAUCUGUAUUUUUUUUUUUUUACUAGUGAGCCGGUGACUUAUUAUUUAAAAAAAAAAAAAAAAAGUGUUCUGGCCAAAAGUUCACUGACGGCCUUAAAAUAUGGAAAUGUGGCCGCCGCGAGUAUCUGAGCGCGGCAGACCCCGUCUGAGAGCGAACGGGGGGCCCGGGAGAGGCGCGGAGCCGGGCCGACCGGCCGUCGGCGGGGCGAUGAAAGGAGCGGUGAUUAAAAAGGGAUCCCCGGCCCCGUUUGAUGUGGCGCGGGGAACAGCGGUUCCGGCUGUGAGGCCCGGCGCUGGAGAACACAGAGGGGCGAGCGCCCCCCCCGCCCCCCCUCCCGGUUAGGGGCCGGCGUGCUAACGCUCCCGCAGAUGAAGGCCGAGGGUGACGCACGCACGCGCUACGCGGGGAAGGAUUAGAACCGCGGGACCUGACUGGCUGGCCCGGCUCGACCGCGGGGCGGUCAGCGAACGAGGGCGUCCCCUCGAAACCCCCGCAGCGGUGGGCCUGUGAUUGUGUGUGCGCCUGCUGGAGAAACCAGGUGUCUUCUGCACGUCUUCGUUGGGGAAAAAGGCAGGUGUUAACAAAGAGAAUGCGGGCUCAUGCAGUGCUGGACUGCUGGUGGUCUCCAGUUUGUCUGGAUGGGGUCUCUGAUCCAUUCUUAAGAUGCCAAGAGACAUGUCCGUGUCAUAUGUAGUAAACCGGGCUGGGGGGGGGCUGUGCCUUUUGUCCCCCACACACUUGUAAUUAGCAGUCACUAUGUUGAUGACCCCCUGGCUCCACCCUCCUCCCCCCCCCACCCUCUGAAUAUUGUCCUCAAUGGAUUUCCAAUGGCCAGGAACUUGGAGAUAGUCACGUGAACAGAGUCAAUUACCCUGUUACAGUUAAGAAAUCCACCAGGCUGAUACUGCUCAUAUUUCAUCCCCGGUAAGGAUUACCUGUCAGGCCCAGAGGAGAUGUAUUGAUCUGUUUUCCUUUUUCCGGCAGCAAUCACCUGACAAAGGCACCUAGGACCUGGGUGAAUGAGUGAUGCCCGCCCCGUCCCCCGCACCCCCCCCACCCCACCCCCCACGGGGGGCUUCCGCUGACCCAGUGACAGGGGGGAUAAUGUAGUCAUAAACUCUGCAUGAACUUGAGGGGAGUCGACUCUCUUCCCCCAAUCCGACCCCCCGGCCGGCCACCGCUCCCCCCGCCUCGAGCCAACCCGCCUCCCCUCGGUCGGAGCGUCAUCGAUUAUUUAUUCAUGCUAAUUGCGCCAUUCGGAGUGGAUAACGAGACGGGGUCGGGACACGCCUAUGCAAACACGCGGAGAGUUCAGCCUUUCAUUCACGGCUGGGCGGCACGUGAACUCCCCCCCUGGUGCUUAGUCUGCAGUCAUUUCAUCCAUUCAUAAAUGGAGCCCAUGUACGAUGCUGAAAUUCACACCGUUUCUCCCAUUGUUGUGAAUGGAGGGUAAAAUAUUCACAGGGCGAGGCUAAGAUUAAAUAUGACAGCAUUACCAUAGAAGAUAGUUAUAGUCACCAUGCCCAUGCCCAUGGUAUCAGUCCCUAAUGACACAUGCAGUUUUAUAUUUUGAAAUGUAUAUUUAUGGCAGUGUUUCUGUGUUGUAAAGUAAAUUUAUAUUGCCAACAACAGUGAAUCAAUAAAAUAGAUCAAUCUCGAAAGAUAGACUCCGUAAUGUAGAAAUUAGGAAGGCGUUCUUUGAAUCGGUUUCUUCUUUUAUGUGUGUGAAACAAGACUUGGUAUAAAGUAUUACAAAAUAUAUGGUAAAAUAAUUGCUCUUUUUAAAGUCUUUCAGAACAGGAUUUCCUGUUAAACGUAACACGAAGGUGCUAACAUAUUACAGUGUAAAUUCAUUGCUCCUUCAGAAAUUUUAUGGCAGCUGAGAUUUUUUUGGGAAGAUUUUUAAUUAUAUUUUUUGCCUUGUUUUACGGGGAUAGGGGAAGGAAGUUGACCUAUUAAAAUAGUAAUAUCCCAGAACUGCCUAUGUUGCACGUAAUGUGGAUACAGCAUAUUUCCACAAAGAGAUUGAAACCAUCCAAUAUUUAACGUAAACUAGCUGUGUCAUCGUUAUUACUUUUAGUAAGAAAUUGACUACCAGAACUCUAUCCGUAAGCUCCUUGUACAUUGUCUACUGAGUCAGGGGUUACGAGCGCUCUCUCUCCCUGCAUUUUCCAGUAGGCCGAGUUGAUGUCAAGGUCCUUAGGCAGCUUUUUCAUACGAGCGAGAAAUUAGCACAAUCUUGUUAGUCGUAACCGUAUCUUAAUCCUAGCUGUGGACGCAUGCAUAAUUACUAUGCCAUUGCAGAUGAUCCAAUGAGGAAUGUUUCCCGCCUUGAGAGCCUGCUCUGCUUAUUAUUCAGUGUUAAGUACGUAGUGUGAUGUACGUGUAGAUAUUACACAUCUCUUCAGGUUUGUAUCCCAUUUCUUUAAAGUAGGUACAUCAUCUGGAAUGUGAAAUAAUCGCAAGGUUAAAAAAGAACGCAUCAUUAUUCCAUCUCCACUUUUCUUCAGUGGCGGUAGAUUAAUAGCCAAAUAAGGAAUGGAAUUAAUCUGAAUCUCGAGUUGUAAUAUCAGAAGUACGUAGUAUGGCUUUCUGUGGUCCCUGGAUGUAGAUAACAUGUUACUGCAGCAAUUGUUUGUCAUACUGUGAAUACAUGUUAAUAUGAAAAGGCCUGCAUGUUCUCUUGGUAAAAUUACAGACCUUGUGUGACUUAUAAAUGAUCCUCCUAUCACACUGCUUCAUUUAAGAACUGUAGAGCAUUCAUUUGAAGUACCGGAUAUGUAGAUUUGUCAGGGAUGUUAAUGAUUAUUUGCUCAUCUGUUUAUUUUGUGGUGCUAUUAUUAACAGUACAUUUUUACCCUUCUGCUAUGUUUUUCAUAACUGUUUACUUGGGUAAACCUUUCUCUGUCCCUUCACAAGGAAGGCACUGUAUGACCAAAGACUAAAAGGGAAUGCAUUAGAGUUUGAUGCUUAAAUACAUUUCAUAAGAAUGUAACUAGUUUGGGGAGAUGCUUAAAAUGUACAAUUGACUUUUACUGUUUUAAUUUACUCUAAAAUAAUUUUCUAGUCUGUACAUAUAUUUUAAACAUUGGGUUUUAGUGUAUACUUUGGCAGCUAUCUAGUAUACAGUUACACAAACCAAUGAACAUUUUUCUUUUUAAUGGAAAACAUAAAUCAUGGCAGGAGGCAUUAUGCACUACAAAUGAACAUCCACUAGCACAAUGGCUGGCCUGAUGAUGUCAUAUUUGUUGGAAUGGGCAUCCAGUUUUUACAGAUCAAUUCUUUAUAGCAGAAAAGGCCAAACUCUAGUGCAGUAUAAAUUUGUAGCGCAACUGGAGCCACCAUUAGAAUUAAUCAGGCUUUCUUUUCUAAAUAAUAAAAAUAAAUAAAAGUUAAUUCAGUUGAACACAUUUGUUGAAGUGAAGAACAUUCUUUUAAGUAUCCACAAUAUUCCUAAGCACAAUAUGCUGGCUUAAGUUUUCAGUUUAAUGUUUGGUAAGGUAAGCUAACAAGAUCUGAAAGUGCCAGGCUAUAGAAAAAUAGCAGGCUACCGAAUCUUGUAAAAAUAAUUUCCAUUAAAUUACAUUUUGGGGCUAGUUCCUUAUAAGCAGUGUAAUUUCAGUUAAACAUUAACAUUUAUAUGGAGUCACCAAAUAAUAUUAAGAAAAAAACCUUACUUUUCUUUUGCUAGACUGGGGGAUACCUGCCGCCUACCCAGAAUUCCAAGAAUCUCCUGAAAAAUGACUGUAGGAUGAAUAGUAAUUUGUACAAAUUUUUUUUUGGUGACCUGCUAACUGCUAUAUUUACUCCAACCAUAUGCUGUAGGUUGGUGUCCUUUGCUACUAGCCAUCUAGCUUGCUGGUUGAAAAAUUCUGUGGUCCAGCAAAACAAACGAGUGUAUGUAUUUGAGCUGGAUGGCCAUGUAGUUUGUUCAGGCAAAUUAUUUGUUUUGUUUUAUGGGACAUGUUCUGUUUUGGCUCUAUAGGGAUACAGAUAUGCCUGUGAGUCUCUAACUUUUCAUUCUCUAUGUAGCUAGCUAAUGUAACAACAUGGUCUCCAAUGACAAAGCAAGACAUAAUGCUCUAAAACAACAUAAAUUGAUGCACUUGGCUGCUUCAGCUAGUUUUAGCUAUUGCAGCUGGUAUUUUUAAAUGUCCUAUUAUUUUGAAAUCUGCCUUCAAAGAAUAUGUUCGUUAAUUAGCUUAACUAUUGAUUUGAUUUGUAGGAUGGCAAAAAAGUAUUUGCAAGCUUGUCUCCUUCCAUAGUUUGCAUAUAUUUAGCUCAUGUCCAGUCCAUAAUUUACUGACAGUAAAAUGGAUUUAAGGUUGCUAGCUUACUAUCAAUUCAUCUUGGACAAGUAUUCACAACUGUGAGGAUACAGGUGUGCCUCUGAGCUUUUAAAAAAAUAUAACAUCAUAUCUGUCAACUGCAAAUCACUGGACAGCAUAAAUAGUUAGCCUUCUAGCUAGCUGCAGAUGCCCCCUUAGUAAUUUUAAAAUGCCAUUUAUUCAUAUUCUCUGUCUGAUAAAAGUGGAAUGAUCGUCUCUAUCUUUUGUGCGUAAUGGCCAUAGUUCUGUCUUUCAUUUGUUUAAUUCUAACGUGGACGUGUCUUUGUUACAAACUUGCAGAUUAGCUUUGCAUUUACCUGAUCAUCAUGCACCUGCACAGGAAAGCGAAAGUUGGGGGCCUACUGCUUUUCUGGAAAGGUGACUGGUUAGGAAUAUUGUGGAUAAGACUUUCCUGUUGGCUUGCCCUUGCAGUCUAACCUCUCAAACUUUAUGGAGUUUUUUAAUGACAGACAUGUCAUAUUCUAGCGGUUGUGAAUUUGGACCAGAUCCACCACAUCUGGAAAAAGAAUGGAAAUAUACAUAUUAAUAAUAAUAUUUUGGGCCGAUGCUUGGGAAGUGAUUAAAAGCCUCUGGUUCUUUAUCACCACACUGUUAGUCCAAGUGUAUUUAUUCCAUUUUAUUUUGUUAUUGAAUUAUAAAACUGCAAGUGUUCAGGAGGACCCUGUUAUGUUUGUGUUGUUUACUCCUUAGGUUAAUUGUUUUUGUAUGUGUACUCUGCUGGUAUACUGUAUGUUAUGACUUAUGACCAUUAACUGGAAAAGAUUGACAUAUGUAUUAUUCCAAUAAACAAAAAUUCAAAAGCAA